AUGAAUACAAUUGCUCGACGAUAUUUGGCAAGGAUUGUGAAAUCGAGAGAGAUGAAAACACCACCAAAAUAUCCGAUUUUCCGAAGAAAACCUUCGAAAUCAGCAAUGGAAAUUCGACAAAACCUGGGCCAAUUCAUCCAGUGCAGGUAUUUAAGUUUAUUUUUUGAAAAGAAAUGAAAAUAUUUCCUGGGGAUGAGAAAAAAACAUGAAAAAUGAAUUUUGUAAUCGUUUCGAGACCAAAAAAAAGCGCGGGAAAAGUGUUUUUCAAAAAAUUCCACGUUUUCUCUGCGUCUCUCUCUCUCUAGAAUUCCCCGAUGAUUUCCACAUAAUUUUAUAUUACUAAUACUAAUAAUAAUCAUGAUCAUACGAUUUGCGCUCGCAAAAUCAUGAGCUUUUGAUAUUUUUCGUUCUCUCUACGUCGUGCCUGAUAAUCAGAGGCUAGAAUUAUGUAUUCCAACUUGUUAUUAAAUUUAUUUAUCGCUCGCACGUUUUUUUUUCCGAUUAGUUUUUGAUAUUUUUGAGGAGAAAAUGUGCUUUGACACAAAAUUAUUCAGAUUUUUGCACAAAUUUUUGCAUUUUUUGUCAUGAAUAUCAUUUUGAAAACGUAAUUUCUCAAUUUCAGAACUCAUGUUUGAUCCAAAUACAUCGCAUAUUGAUGAAGUGAACAAUUCAAUUUCGGGAAUUUUAUCGAUCUUUGGAAAUCUAUCAUUGAUCUAUGCCACUUCGAAAGUCAAGAUUUAUUCAAAUUCAGUGAGAAGAUCACAACUCUUCACAGCUAUUAUUCGAAUAUUAUUCUCAAUUACAGUAUGGCUAGGCUCCCCAACUAUGGCGUAUAUUGUAGAAGCCCGUGCUGUUUAUAUUGUAGAAGGUGGAUUUGAUUCAAUGUUUUUUUAA